ACGUAUCACACCCAAUCCUGCGAACCUGCCUACCCUACACUGUUAGUCUGGCACUGUAUCUAACCAUGAACCUAAUAGAUCUAACAUGAUCCUCAACUAGCCAAGUUCUGCCUACUGCGGCCCGCCGUCCAACCCAUAGGGAAUGACUAAUUAGUGUGUGAUUCAUUUAACUACAUGAUACAUGUCUAAUUUACACAAUGCUCUUGUUUACCUGGAAAAAAGUGGUUGGAUAUUGUGAUAGUAAUUGAAAAUGGUUUGACUCUAAGAAUAGAAGCGGAUGCAGACUCGUGGCGUUGGAAGACAUGUUUUGUGACGUUGAUAUCAUCUUAGAGAUCAAGUUGGACAUCAUACUUUUUACUCAAAUCAAAGACAUUGCUUUAUAGAGUUCUAGACUUUUGUUUAUAUUUUGAUAUAUCUCCCCUCCCUCGAUCCCUCGUUCUCUCCCUCUAUCUCUCAUACUCCAUACUACUGUAAUUUUGAUUUUGUGCCAAGAUGUACUGAAAGCAAACAAUCUAUGAGUCGGAAUCUACACCAUCGAUGCUGUCAUUGGAAUAUGCAACUUGUUGAUCAAUGACGAAUAUGAUCGAUGCAACGUGUCAAAAUAAAAGGAUCACACUUCUGUGUCGAGUGUCUUUGAUAAUGAUCGAAAGUUUUGAGUCCACGACAAUUUAUUCAUCACUAUCGUCGCUCUAUUAGAUCUCUGUGCAUCAUUAAAGAAAGUGGCAUGGUUUUUUAAUUCAUUGUGGUUCAUCAAGACUUCUGGUUUGAGCUGGGACUUGAAGCCUGCGCGAAAGUGAGACUUGCUUUAAGUGGAAUGGAUCCUUCCCCCUCUGACCAAAAUAUCUCGUUAUGAAUCAAUCAUGUUUAAGCUUUUUACGCGAUUCUGCUUGUCAUAACUAAUACCUGUUGAUACUUCUCUUUGCCACGGAUAUGCUUGAAAUGUCGCACCGUGAAUACAAAUGCUAAUAAGUGAAAGAUUGCUGUGAAUUAAAACCCCCAAAAAUGACUGACGUGAGGAAAAAGCGGUACCUACCGGCCGUGAAACGCCCUAAUCGUAACUCCAUGCCUUCAUUUCUUCAACGUCAUUUUCGUUCACAGGAUGGAUCUAUCAAUCAGCUGUCAAGAAGCGGAUCAUCGUUCGCAAGUUCAGAGGGCUCAUCGACAAGCCAAACAUCACCGGAUCACACGAUGAAUAGGAAAAAUGGAGGAGCAUCAGGGGGAAGAGACAGGGGAGACACAGCGAAGAAAAAGCGUAGCCUGAGUCUGAAGGGUAUUUUGAAGGGAAUUGGAGACCACUUCAGAGGACAGACAGGCAGUGCCUCAAACUCACCUCCUAAAGCAGAGGGCUGUGCGGAUCACUCAGACGAAUGGCUGGCGGUGAACUGUAACCUGACUUGCGAGGAGUUGGCUAACAUCAUGACAGAGUUCAAAGGAGGUCAAAUAGGAGAAGAUGAACUUUGGAACAGGGUCUAUGAGAAAGAGCGGGAGAAGAGGAGAGUCCAAGGCAGUAUGACCUUAGGGUCAUACGUCCCCAACGGAGCCGCUUCGAGAGAUCAGAGAUACACAGGUGAGCGGAAACGCGUAGACAAAGACAGACAUAAUAAAGGAAACUCAGUGCCUGCAUUCCCUGGUCACGACUACGACACCCCCACCGAAGAAUCCCCGCCGCCGUACUACUCCGAUAAAAUCUACAAGGACACCAAGCGGAGAAACGAUGAGGAUAGACUUCCACAUAGCCACGUCGUAGAGGCCGACGUCGAGGACGGCAGACUGGUGGUGUCGUCAUCGUCAUCGUCGUCAUUGCUGCGAUCGCCAUCGCCGUCACCUUCCAAAAUCUCUCAGGGUCUUGAGAGUCCGCCGACGAGAGACGAAGACGGGGACGGGAGCAGUCAACCGGAUCUGUCGUUACCCAUCGAGAAACUCGUCAGCGAGCGGGAGAAGGCGAGAAUCUCGCGAGAGAACAUGCUCGGCGACGGGGUCAUCGUCAAGAACUUAUCUGCCGAUGAUGGCAGCAGAGUCAAGAGACUAAACUCGGACUCGAGGUUCAUCGAAGAAAAGCGGUUGAACGAACCGAUCAUGGAGCUGUCUGAAAGCACGGUGGUUCAGAACAUUGAUGCGCAGUCCCACGACGAGUCGAGCGAUGAGGAGAACGGCGACGGAGACUCGACGACGACGGACGCGACCACCCCCUCGGGAUCGGUAUCGGUAAGUGGGGUCGGGCCAAUCGAUUUCUGGAACGCCCAUUCCUCUGAUGCCCUCCUUCCUCCUGCACAUGCACUUGCACAGACUCAAGCAACAUUAACAAGAGUACCUGAGGAAUCACAGAUGCCUCCUUAUCUGCAUCAGACCCCCAAGAAGUCGCUCAAGGUCAUGAUCAGCAGUCGCAGCCCCCGCCUCCUCCGCAAGUUCACCCGCUCCCCCGUGGUGGCCUACUCCUCCAGGGGGGCUAGUAGUCCCUGGUCCAACCCCUCGUCCCCCAUGACGUCCCCUGAUGGGUCCCUGUCUGGGUAUGAGAGAGGGAGUGAUAGUCCAAGCAGUAGCCUGGGUAGGAGUACAGUUAGUUCUACAACCAGCGAUGAUUUCAGCAGUAGUGAUGGUCCAUCUACGAGAAGACAACAGUCACACAGCCCCGACGUUCAACUCAAGCCCACACUCUUCUGCUCUGUGGCACGGGCCAAGAUGGACUACAUUCCCAGCCCGUACGACACAGGAGCACUGGCAUUCAAGAAAGGAGAAUUGGUCUACAUCACCCGCAAGCCUUCAGGCGGAUACUGGGAAGGGGUCUGUCAGAACAAAAGUGGCAAGUUCAAGUUCACCUUCGUGGAAGAGCUGAGCAGAGAGGAGAUGCCCGGCCUCGAAGGGGGGCAUACUUUCCCCCUGGGUCACAACCAGGCCAAUGCUUCUUACGUACUGCAUCUACAGAGUGUGGAGGAGCUGCUGAGGAGGAUAGAAUGUGAUAAAUACCUGUCAGAUUUCAAGUCUCACGAUCUAGCGUCGCUGGAGAGGUUCAAGAACCUGACGGAAGGUGACCUGGAUAGUCUGGAGAUCACCAACCUAGAGCACAGGGUCAAGCUACUGACCGUGGCCAAACUCUUACUAGAACCUAUCAAAGGUGUCGAUGUAAGGACAAUAUCCACCAGCGCUUUAGGAGAUUCCCCUGUCCCUACCCAAAGCCCCUCCCCUAGGAUAGACGAUGCCGACCUGAGCACCAGUAUACACAAGCUUAGGAUAGCAGCUAGAGAUUCCGGGUUCUAUGCAAGCACAGAUGCAGGAUUGUGUGGAGACAACUCUCAUUCCCCUGCCCGCAAGCACUGCAAGAACAGCAUGAGCAGCCUUGAAAUGCUGAGAGAAUCAGGGUUGGGAAGUCUGUGUGCGGAAGAGGAGGAGGAGGGGCCUUCGACGGAGGUCAGUGGAGUCCUAGCUCCGGGGUCAAACUGCAAUAACUCCAACAAUAUAUCAGGGAUCUUGAUCCCAGGAGUCGAUGGACACUACUUAAGGAUGUGCGACCAGUGUUCUGGGCUAGACUCGGGGAGCUGGGGCGGGGAGGUACCGCGGGACAAGCCCCUUAAACCAGUCAGGACAGAUGUCAAGGCGGUUGACCUUCUCCAGAGGCACAGCCAGUUCAACAAUGGCGCUACUCCCGUCACGGUCGCGGCAAUCUCACACGCCACACCUCCGCAGAUCCUUGAGAACUAUUACGAGUUCCCAUGGAUGGACGAUCGUAGCCUGCAUAUGACACGUCAGCAACGCUGCUCGCCGAAGCACCAAGUACACUCCAAGCUCACCCAGAGGGCCAGUAGCCCCGUCCUCAUGAACUAUCCUCCUAGAACCGAGCAGAAUCAACUCACCGUCGGGGAUUCUGGAUCCAUCCAAUGGAAGCGAAGUGCCUCUGUGGACGGCACUGUCACUUGUUCCAACGGAUGGUCCAACACGGUCAACGGGGUCGUGCCUUCCCCUCAGCUUCUCCGCGCCGUAGGGCAAACGGACACCUGCCCCGCCCUGCUACUCAACAGCCGGAGGCGCAAGUCUCGCAGCGUGUCGCCCCACAAGAGGCAGAACAAUAAGAAAGACACUGUUUCGCGAGACCCUAUGCACGGAUCGCCUACUUUGCCUCUGAAGAAGAUGCAUACGGGGCUAGGCAUGCACAGCCAAUCGUUGGAGAAACUGUUAGAUGCUAAGCUGAUGGCUGAUGGCAUUGAUAUUAGACAGGAACCUUACUCAGACAAGAUGGGUUUCUGUGGCUUCCCAGCCGCUCUGGUCCAGCGCUAUGCUGAAGAGGUUCAGAUGAGAGUUCCUGACGUGGCCGUCUGUCUAGAAGCUCUGAGGGUCAAAUCUCUCAUCGCAGAGGGUCGAUGCUGGUUUCGAAGCGACACUCUGGCACACCAAGCCCAGCAUGUGAUCUACGCCGGGCGAGGUUCUACCGUUUGCGACUGGCUGACCUACCUGGGCAUGCCCAUGUAUGUGGACGCUUUCAUCGGCGGCGGGUGGGACGAGCUGGACAUCCUGAUGGACAUGGAGGAGGAGGACUUGAGGCGAUGCGGAGUGACCGAUCCCAAGCACACCAGAAGGCUUCGGACAGCCCUGGAGCACCUCAAGAUGACCGCCAAAGUAUGACGACGCCUUCCAGGGCGUAGUCAGGGCGUGGCCCGGUCGUCUGGUAUCGUCGGAGUGCCAUGGACUAUUUGAGAUGCGCACAUGCUCUGGCAGGUUGUGAAGGAUGUACGAGUGGCAAAGAGACGUGUGAGGGUGGUAUGCAUGGUGUGUUCAAACAUAUGCACUUCUUGGUUGUUAUAAGGGGUAGUGCUAAGACACAUGUGACCAUGGAAUGUCAGGUGACUACAUGAAUCAUGUGAUCAAGGGAUGUCAUGUGACCUGAGGUUCAGAUGCCUAUAUGUUUCAUGUCCAUAAGAGUUCGGAAGUCAGAGCAAGGAAAUAUAGCAUAAUAUACACAGGUAGAUGUAGAGUACUUGCACCAGCACCUCUCUAAAUGCAGAAGGCAAAUAUGAGCAUUUUUAGUCUUCAUGUACGUAGAUGAAGCCUUUAGGCAGCAUCACACAUGUAUAAACUUUGGCUAGAAUGGGAUUCGUUUUUUUAAUACAUAAAUUCACGCGAGGCAGCCUAAAAUCCAGCCUUCGUUGCCCAAAUAGCAAGUUAAAAUUCUCACUCUUAUGGUGCUUUCUGAUGUGAAUCCUGUGCAGUUCACUGUAAAGGACAACCAAAGUUUUAAUCAGGCAACCUAAGGUAGUUUUAUAAUAGCGAAAUGCAUUGGAACGAUAAGACGCAUCCUGAAUGCAAAUUGCGCAAUAGUUGUGGAUGUUUGUUUAUAAUCAAAAGUCCUUUUUUGUCAUACGUGAAUGAAAGUUUGAAUAACAUUAAGCCUCAUCAAGUUGACUACCAUCUCAAUAUCCUAACAAUGUAGUUCCAACUCUGUGUGGCAAAUUUAUGAUUCUCACCAACUACGCAUUUUGCAUUCCGGAAGCAUCUUUUCAUGCUAGUGCAUUUCGCUAGCUAAGCCAUCGUCUACUGGUACAUGUAGGUUGGUUGUUAGGCUGGCAACCGAAUGAGAGGUGCAUGUUAGCAAGGGCCUUGGACAAGAUUUCAGCGAGCUUAACAUGCCGAUGAUAGUAAAUACUAGAUUUUGGGAGGAGUCGUGUAAUUAUUGGAGAAAAGAGCAUGCAGUUUAACUUGCCGAAGCAACUAAUAAUCAAGCACAUGUAUUCAAUAUGUAUGCACUUAUUCAAGCCUACUCGUCUUUUAUUUUAAUCCUACUGAUUUUAAAGUGAAAAUAUUUAUCCACAUUGUACAAAGUGCAUUUUCCUGGAUGUUUUAUGGUCAGUGCAAGUUCAAACAGUGCAUAAUUGGCUUCUGCAUCCAAAUUCACUUUUUUUUUUAAAGGUAAACAUUCUUUCUAGAAUCUGCAUCUCUGUACGGAGAUUCAUUGAUAAUUAAUCAGCUGGUCAGGAAAAAAAAAAAACGUAAUGCUUUCCACCUUUUUAAAAAGUGAACUGAACUGAACAGAACAAUACAUUGUGGGAGUUUACAAGCCAUUGAAUAUACAUUUAGAUUCUUGUGUUUUAACAAUUUCACAAUGAAUUCAAUUAUUUUGUUAUCCAGGAUAACUGAUGAUAGAUAUCCUUUUUUUCAACUUCACAUGUAUUGAAUUCAUUCACAAAAUCUGUAUUUAUGAGGAGAAAAAUAUCAGGAUUAAAAAAAUAAUAAUUGCAAUGCAUUUUUAUGAUUUAAUGAUACAAACAAUUAUUGCCUGUAUCAAGUCAUUAGAAUAUUCCAGCUUUGGAGUUGAGAUAUUUCUUAGUAUUCACAUUUAAUUAUGGUCUCAAAAUUGCAACCUUUGCUAUCAAUGGAUAGUGAAAGUGAUUAGGUUAUUAUUUCCAUCUAUAUUCUUGUUUAGAGCCCACUGACUUUCGUUGUCAAGCUCUGGUGCUAGCUACUCAGAUACAUUGUGUCAAAACGGUUCAUUUGCUCGCUCUUCCAUUUUGAAAAUUUUGAGUUUAUUUUUUGCUUUUAAUAGCCUAAUCAUGUUUUCAUUUUGAAAUGCUGAGGUCACAAUUCUUGUAUAUGUUAGCACACGUAUACAGAUGUAUGUUGUUCUAAGGAAGAUGUUUCAUUUAAUAACAGGGUUAUAUCAAUCAAAUUCUGGUCUAUUCACAUUUUGGUUUGUAACUUCAAAUUACAAUUUGUAAUCUUUGCAUGCAAAACUAUGUGACUGAAGCAUUACCAUAAAUUGUUUUUUGAAACAUGACAUAUAUACAUGUAACCUGUAAGCAUGUAAGCUGUAAACAUUGGCAAUUGAUUUUGUUUGUACAACAUAAAUUGUCCGUCGAGAGCCUGAUGGGCGCUAAUUAACUCUGUGUUUUUAAUUGUUAUGAGUUAACACUUCUCUGGCUCGGCGCUGACAAAACGUUAAAAAGGUCUACCUCUUUCAACAUUGAACUCAUAUUUAGACAGACAUUUUGCUGGACUGAUCACCAUAAAGCCUCGUUCGCACCAGACCCGGUGAAACGCCUAAAACUUGCCACAGCGAAAUCAAAUUACAUACAUGUAGGGCCUAGACAUAACAGUAGACUUCCCGUUACUGUGUCUAAUAACACACAUAUAGGACAGUACAGUACAUGUAUAUGUAGGGCACAUUCAUAUUCUCAGCUUCUUCUUUUUUUCCACCCCACUUGCCUUUAAUUUACAAUUAAUCCUUUGACUACCAAAUUCUGUAAUUCCCAUUGGCUCAGUACAAGAACAACUUGAUUCCCAGAGGAGAAGGGUUAAAAUUGUUAUCAAAUUUGCUGCUGUAUAGAAGGCGUUUCACUGCAUCGUGUGUGGACGAGGUUUAAUGCAAAACAUAAAGUGCAGGUUAUUCUUAUGUAUAUGUACAUGACUUGUUUGAAAACGUAACUAUGUGUGUGUGUUGCUCGUCUUACAACUAAUUUGUUCUGUAUGUGCUAAUGUGGCCGUCGGGGCGACACAUUUGCGUACUGCAAUAUCAGUUUGUGCCUGCAAAAAUAUAUGUGUGCAUGAGUAUGAAAUGAGAAAAUUCAUGGAUGUAUCAAAAAUCUGUAAAUGUUUUUUGUAUAUGCUGAUUGUUGCCAAAUGGAGUUGUGAUAUAUUUUCUUACGGGCCUUACAAGUGUGUUACUUCAUUUCUGUAUUUCUUCAUUUUUUUUCUCGUAAACAUUUUUGUCCAUGUUCCUCAUUCAAUUUGUACAUAAAAAAAACCGAGGUACACUUUAUUGUCUACUGUAUGAUUAAGUGAUGAUAAGUAUAAAUCCAAAUGUAAUUGUUAUCUAAAAAGCAAUGAGAGAAUUUAUUUUGAGUUUGCAUACUUUCCAAUUGUUGGACCAAAUGCCGAGAAUUACCCUACUGCUCAUCCGUCUCCUUCACUAAUUUUCUCUUUCUUAGACCUCUCCCUCUCUAUAUAUCAUCAUGCUGUCUCUCUCUCUCUCUCUCUCUCUAGCUGUCUUAUAUCUUUAUCUCUAUAUGUCCUUAUCUCUCUCUCUCUCUCUUCUCAUUAUGCUAUAUUUUUCUGUUUCUGUCUUUAUCUAUUCCCCUCUUCCCAUCUUCCAAUCUCUCUCCUAAAUUGCUUGUCCUACAUCACAUUCAGUCUCCUUCUUUCUCAUUCUCUUUUUUGUACCUUCUCAGUUGCUUUCUUUAACCCAUACAUCGGUGCCCAUGGCACUCCAUUCAUCCGUUUGCCAUUUAGGAUUUAGUUCUUUCUGUGUCUAUUGACCAGUAAUUAUCUUUAAAGAUAGAUUGAUGUAAACAGCCCAUCUACUUAAUAUACCAAUGUCGUCGAAACAAAAUGUACAUUGUAUCUUAAAUUCUCUUGUAUAUAUAUUAUUAUAUAACCUCAGUUAUGAGUAUUGCCUUCAAUGACGUCUUGCACUGAAUUUGUACAUGAUAUUGUAUUCACCAGCUUCAACGACAAAUUGUAAUUUUGCUUUUAAAAGAAGUAAAGCAUUUAAGAUAUGUAUGAUAGUAUGAAUAUAUGUUUGAAAAUGUAAUUGUAUACUUGUUUUUUCCACUUGAAUAUACUGCAUCUUUUCCCUGUAUAUAGCCAUUAUAACAUGUAUAUUAUGUUUCUCCUGUACAUACAAUUAAUGGGCCAUUUGCAUGCUGUAUUGUAAACUGGAUUAGAAAAAAAUCUUGUUUUAAUCAAGACUUCAAAAUUGAGAAAGAAGAGAUGGAUUAUAUAAUGAUGUAUAUAAGAAAGGGAGAGAAAAACAAUCAGUGCAAUUUUGUUAUUAUUGGCUUUUUAGAAAAGCAUCUGUAGCAUAGUAUUCCAAAAGUCAUUAAUUUAUGAAGGAAAAUAUACAAAUCUUUGUUCUUAGCUAUUGUAUUCUACCAAGCUUUAUAGUUUUACAUUCGUAGAUAAACUAGUUUAGUUUUAAGAUUUCUUUCUAUUUCUGUUUUGCUUCAAACUUCUUCCAGUCAUUUACUUUAACGUUUGAUUUCAUGAAAUAUCAUAGAUAUAUUUAAAUCACAAUCAGUCUGUUAUAUUCUAUUCCCUUUAUUUUUGUUAAAUUAAAAAAAAAAAAUUGUAUGCACUUGCAACUCAAAAUGGGUAAGUUAAAACAGUAUCAUUAUUCAUCAUCAUGUAAGAAAUGUUUGUUUAUUGUAUUGGUCAGAUAAGGAAUUUAAUUGAUAGAAUGUAAAGCAGAGGGCCUCUCUUCUGUGCCAAAAAGUUUGCUAAUAGUUGUUAUACAUGUAAAUUAACUAUCAAAUUUCGAAUUUUAAUUAGGCUUUGGAACCUCUUGUGAAAGAACAAUUUUCUUAACAUAAUUAGGGUAUUCGUGGGAUUCUGAACCAAUAGAGUAAUAUCUUUUUUCAUUCAUUUCUACGCAAUAUUACUCAAGUUUUGUGAGUAUCAUUUCAUUUUUUGACUAGAUCAAGUAACCUGUCACAGGAAAACUGUUCAUAAUUUGGGGCAUUUAAGCUGUGGUUAGAAGCACCAUGGGAUUUUAUUCACUCAAGGCCUACAUUCAAAUUAUUUUGCAAGAUCCUUAGUAGGUUUAGUGACCUUUGCGAGGUAAAAUACCAUAAAACUGUUGGAAGGCACGUUUCCAGAUAUAUAUAUAUGAAUGUUCUUCAACACCCGACUACAUAGGUACACGUAUAUGUGCAGUUUGUAGCUUAGCUAGAAAGGCAGUAGUAGAGUAGAUCAUUUAUGUUCACUUAAGAACACUCGUUCAUGUCUUAUUAUAUAUGGUGCCUUCAAAGAUACAAAACAAAAUGUGUUUACAGGGAAAACGUAAACGGAUGUGGAGAUGUUCAAGUAAGACAUUCCUGAAAUAAAUGAAUGUGCUGGAAAAUUACACAUAAAAUAAAAAA